AUGGUUGGCCCGACAAAUUCUAGAUGGCAAAAUCAGCUAAUGGCGCGCACGCGGAAGGAUCAGAGCGCGUCACAGACGUCCUUACUCAGAUAUAUGUUUAACAGCACCAAGCCGGAUAAAAUGCAAGAUUCGUUCUUUCCAGACGUAUUAGAACAACUGAGUCAGGACAGAGCACAUGACGGUGUCGGUCUGAGGUUCUUUGGGGUGACCGAGGAUGGACAUAGCGUACUCGUAUAUGUCACUGGUUUUUUCCCUUACUUCUAUGUCGCCGUCCCUCGCGGCUUUGAUGAGUCAGAUAUUGACGCAUUUGCAGACCAGUUAAACGUAUGCAUCAUGGAUACGUACAAGAAACAAGCUCAAGGCAACUUCGUGAAGCAAAUAGAGAUUGUCAGCCUUUGGGGCUAUCGUGGAGACGACUGGGUUGUAGGCAUGAACUGGAUCGAGAUUCCUGCUGGUCAAUACAAACCCGUGUCUGACAAAGACAAGAAAUCCAAAUCGAGCUUAAAGUCAGGUGAGACACCUUCACCUCGCACCCACCGGAAGAAAACUAGCAAAAGUUUGCACCUCUUCGUAUACCGAGUUUCGAUAUUGAGUGUGCUGGACGGAAGGGCAUUUCCCCCGAGGCACAGAUUGAUACAAUUUCAAGGCAAGACCAAGCUGUUCACUCGCCUUAAUAAAUGUUCCCACAUUGUCGGCUCACAAGUGACGUUUGACGACGAGGCCGAAAUGUUGCAGGCCUGGCGAGACUUCGUUGAAGGGGUUGACCUGAAUCUUGUCAUCGGGGACAACAUUGCAAACUUCGAUUUUCCAUAUCUCAUGGAUCGAGCGAAGCAUCUCAAGGCAAAUAAGUUACCUUUUCUUGGUCGCAUGAAAGGGCGUAUGGACAGCACGAUUCCAGAGCUAGAAGGUCGACUACAACUCAACGUCUUGCAAUCCAUGCAAUGUGAACACGAGCUACUUAGUUAUACCCUGAACUCUCUCUGUGCACAAUUGCUUGUAUGCAUAUCUCCCUCAGCGGCUGAUGGACAAGCUCAUCUAUUUAGCAAGGCCAACGAAGGGGGAAAGGUCAUUCCUGUAUUGAAGGGCUUGAACUCGAAUGAGCAGUAUGAAGGUGCCACUGUCGUCAAGCCGAAGAAGGGCUACUAUGAUACACCGAUUGCGACUCUUGAUUUCAGCUCUUUGUAUCCGUCUAUCAUGAUGGUACAUAAUCUGUGUUAUACGACGCUCCUCGAAAAAAGUAUCAUUGAUCGCUUGCAGCUUGUCAGGGACGUAGACGAUAUCCGAACUUCCAAUAAUGAUUUCUUCGCCACCACGGCAAAACGAAAGGGUCUAUUACCUACUGUCUUGGAAGAUUUGAUGUCUGCUUGUGAGCUUACGAAGGCAGAUCUCAAGAAGGAGGCCGAUCCAUCCCAACGUGCAAUUCUGGAUGGUCAUCAACUUGCUUUGAAGAUCAGUGUCAAUUCUGUUUAUGAAUUCACUGGUGCGACGAUUGGAAAAUUGCCCUGCCUUCCUAUCUCCUCCAGUGUGACAGCAUAUGGGCGUCAGAUGAUCGAGAAGACUAAGCAGGCAAGUCGUAGUCCGCCAGAAGUCGAAGCAGAGUUCUCCAUCAAUAAUGGACACGCUUAUAAUGCAGAAGUAAUUUAUGGUGAAACCGACUCUGUCAUGGUCAAGUUCGGGCCUGCAGAGCUGUAA